AGGUCGAUUUUUCCUGGUUGGAGCUUGCUUUCAGGUUAUUUACUCAGCACUAGAAUGUCUGAUAGAGAUCGUGUUUUUGCUUUGUAAGGCAAGAAAUUGCUUAUUUAGAAGGACACCACUUUAGGUGCUUGAAAUUGUAUUUACCUUUACAGAAAAGCUUGUGUUCAGGUGUUCCUGAAAAGGCGUUCGGCUCAAUGAAAAAUAAUUCAUCGACUUUUCCAAAGAGUCGAUGCACUUGUUUUGUCUUAGAGGGUAAUUUGUUUACAUAAAUCCCAGUAGAGAAGGAUUAGCAGCCGUUUGUCUUGUUGUGGACAUUUUUGGAUUAUAAAAUAUUGUAAUUAUUAACCUGGGAUGUCAAUUUCAGCCCUCCUUUGGGAGGGGGGACUGCCUUAUUUCUUUAGUUAUCUUGUGGUUUUAUGGAUCAAGAUAGGGUUUUUUUUGCAUCAAAGUUCAAAGAGUCUAAGAUUUACAAUGGUGUAUGAGUUCAGCACUGUACCUUGAAUUACCUUUAAAGUAAUGAUUUAAGGGAUUGUUAUUAGACCCCGGCAUCAAAUUUCAUAGCCAUUGGGCUUUAAGGGUUUAAAUUGCUACGACAUCAUCUGUCUAUUCGGGAGACUGAAUACUGUAACACAACCAGCCAGCUGCUGUUUAACUUCCCAUUCUGCAGUGCACAAGUUGAACUGAAUAUCCUAUGAGUGUAAUAAUUUCAGUCCUGGCAUGAUUCGCAUAAGCAGACGAAAGGUACUCUAUUACAGAUGUGUAUGUAAUCUAAUGAAACCCUCCCUCCUUGAGGCCAAUAAUUCUCCUCACCAUGCCAGUCUGCAGUAGACUUUGUGAUACAUCCCUGCUUCAAAGAAUGGUGUUGUGGCUGGACCUGUAUUCACUCUUAAUAUUAACAUAACCACCUGAAGGGUUUUGUCAUGGUUAGAUGUGCUGGGUGGGAUAAUGGAGCAAUGAAACAGUCACAGAGAAUGGUGUGAAAAGCCUCCUUUGAUUAACCAUGAGACACUCAGGUAAGCAUCAGUGUUCUGACAUGACUGGCUUAUUAAUGGAGGUAGCUACAGUAAAUGUCUGUAAAUGAGCCUUUCACAAGUAGGCAAAUGCCUACAUCCCCUACCCCCUUCUCUCUCUCCCUCUUUGUACAUGUGUCUGCAUUCAAAGUAUUUCCUAUGAACAUGCUACAUUAAAUGUUCCAACUAAAACAGAAAAUAAAAAGCAAUCCUUCCUGUGGUGUUCACUGAUUACAUCGUUAAGGGCUCUCAAUCAAAAUUGCACAGUACCGUCACUGAAAUCUCUUUCAUGUAUAACUGCUUUCAUCUGAGUUAUUUCUGGCUAUGCCUAAAACCCCAUUUAAAACAUUAAUUAUCAUGCCCUCGUUUUGACCUAGCUCCAGUGGAACAAAAGGUGUUGCACGUCAGUGAAUAGCGCUGGACUUAUUUUGGCAAGAAGUUCAUUCAGAGAGGCAUAGAUUGCAUUUGUGUCUUUGAAUAGAACAGGGACAGCUCUCAAAUUGCCAUUGCAUGUCAAGUAAAAAACUGAAGUCCUGAAAUACUGCACUCUGAAUAGGAGGGAUUGUUACUUUUGUUGUAAACCAUUCCUAAAAGUAAUGAGGUAUUAUAUUGCUUGAUAGCACAUCACUGACAGAGAAGUUUCUGCAGGGCUACCUCGCCUGUAUCUGGGGGAGAGGAGACAAGCGGCAGACAGACUGCCUGUCCUUGGGUGAUGGUGAAUCUUUUUGGCCUUUUUCUUGUCACAAGUCUCCUUUUCUUUGUGUGCAUGUUCAGUAUGGCCAGAAUGAAUAGCUGCCACCUCUGGGCUCCUGGGGGUGGAAAGGAUAACAGAGGGACAAAUAUUCUGCAAUACUGUACAUCCCCAAGGAGACGUAUCGUGCUUAUGAGGCGCGUUUCUCUUACCUGCGCAUGAAGUACCUCUUCUUCUCCUGGCUGGCGGUGUUCGUCGGCAGCUGGGUGGUGUACGUGCAGUACUCGUCGUACACGGAGCUGUGCCGUGGACACAAGUGCAAGGACACCAUCUGUGACAAAUACAGGAAAGGUGUGAUCGAUGGCUCAGCUUGCAGCAGCCUGUGCGACAAGAACACACUGUACCUGGGGAAGUGCCUCUCUUCCAAGCCCAACAACCAGGUCUACACCAGCGUCUGGGGCGACCUGGAGGGGGUCAUUAAGUGCCAGAUGGAGGAGAUCCUGCACUAUGACCUGGGAGCUGAAAUGGAGCCCAGGAAGGAGGUCGUGCUCUUUGACAAACCCACGAGGGGGACGUCCAUGGAGAAGUUUAAAGAGAUGGUCCUCAGCCACUUGAAGGUGAAAGUGGGCGAGCAAGCAAACCUGCAGGAUCUGGCCAUGCUGGUCCUAUCCGUGGCUGACAGCAACAAAGAUGGCCACAUAUCCCUGCCCGAGGCCAAGUCUGCCUGGGCCCUGCUCCAGCUCAACGAGUUCCUCCUCAUGGUCAUCUUGCAGGACAAGGAGCACACGCCCAAGCUGCUGGGCUUCUGCGGGGACCUGUACGUGACGGAGAAGGUGCAGCACACCUCUUUGUAUGGGAUCACCGUGCCCUGGCUGAUGGAGCUAUGGAUCCCUUCCGGGGUGCGGAGGAGCAUGGACCAGUGGUUCACCCCCUCUUGGCCCCGCAAGGCCAAGAUCUCCAUCGGCCUGCUGGAGUUCGUGGAGGACGUCUUCCACGGCACCUUCGGCAACUUCCUCAUGUGCGACGUGAGCGCCGGCACCUUCGGCUACAACGACAAGCACGACCUGAAGAUGGUGGACAUGCGCAAGGUCGUGCCCGAGGCCGCCUUCAGGGAGGCAAUGCGCGAUCGCCACUGCGAGGACGACGAGGACUGCGUGUACGGCGCCGACUGUAGGACGUCCUGCGACCUCACCAAGAGACGCUGCACUCCCGAGGCCAUCCGGCCCAACCUGGCCAAGGCCUGCCAGGCGCUCAAGGACUACCUCCUGAGGGGGGCGCCCUCGGACAUCCGCGAGGAGCUGGAGAAGCAGCUGUACUCCUGCCUCGCCCUCAAGGGCUCUGCCGAGCAGAUGGAAAUGGAGCACUCGCUCAUUCUCAACAGCCUUAAAACCCUUCUGUGGAAAAAGAUCUCGCACACUAAAGACUCCUAAUGAAAAUGGCCACACGAGCAUUAUUCUCCUCUCCUGCUUUUUCCUUAGUCUUGUUUUCUAACCCUGGUCCGUGAGAGCCACAGGGUCUGUGGGUUAUGCUAUUUAGCACCUAAUUGGUCAGUUAGAAUGAGAACAUGAGAAUGUCUGAUGAGGUCUAUCUUUUGGUGACUAGGCUCAUCAACUGCAUAAUUAAAGCAGUUGAUUAAUUGACUCACCUCACACGGUUUCUUGAUUUUAUAAUUGGUUGACUUAUACGUAAAAACCAAAAGCAGCAGACCUCGCAGCCCUCCAGAAAACAGGGUUAUGGACCCAGCAUUAGGCCUUAGCUCUGCCGGAAAUGGAAAGGCCUUAGGCAACAGGAAAUCAAACUGAGAUGGGAAAAUGGCACGAAGCAGGAUGGAGGGAUAUGCUGUGGCCUUUCUCUUGUUGCGUUGUUUGUGUACUGUGUACAUUUUAUUAUUAGUAACAUCACUUUUUAAAAUAAUGUUACUUGUUAUUUGUACUUGGUUCUUUAUUUGUGCCAUACAAAUGUGAUCUUGAUGUGUGUGGGCCCGAUAG